AAGGUUCCAGUGGCCAGUAUUGAAUUUCUAAUUUCUAGCUUUUCCAUGAGCACACUUGUGCAAACCUCUGUUACAUUCUCGACCUUUAAGUCCAUCUCCACUUAUGAAGACUUAUACAAGAAGCGAACUUUCUCUUUCUCCGUUAUAGUAACAAGGCUGGCUUCUAUUCAUGACUUUGGUUUCAGUUCAACAGGGUUCGGGGAGAGAUGGCGCUUCCUGGGAGAAGCGAGAAGAUUCACGAACAAGGUUUUAUUGGAAGAGAGGAUAUGCAAGGGAAAGAAGAAGAAGAAGAGCAAGAGGAUGGUGUUGGCGAAGAGUAAUCAAGGUUUUGGCUUCAACGAUGGUGGUGGUGGUGGAGAUAAUGGGACUACAUCAAGGCUUUUGGCCAAUCUCGCUUUAGCUAUUGGCUUGACUUAUCUUUCCAUGACAGGACAGCUUGGCUGGAUAUUGGAUGCUAUUGUCUCCGUUUGGAUCUUUGCAGUGCUAAUACCAAUAGUAGGCAUUGGUGCUUUCCUCUGGUGGGCAGGACGAGAUAUAAUGCAAGGCACUUGCCCUAGUUGUGGAAAUCAAUUUCAGGUUUUCAAAUCCACUCUAAAUGAUGAGUUGCAGCUGUGUCCUUUCUGUGGUCAAGCUUUUUCUGUUGUUGGCAACGAGUUUGUGAAGGACUCUGCGAAGUUUUCAAACCAAUCCACGACAUUUGGACAAGCGUUCAAUGACUUCUCUCGUUCUAGAAAUGGAAAGGAUUCAGGUGGAGUGAUUGAUAUUGAAGCAGAGAUAAAAGAUGCAGACUGACUUUAAUUGAGGAAGGUGAAUAUAUUUUUGUUAGAGCUCUGCUCUAAAGUAACUAAUAGAACCAAGCUUUCAAUGUAAAGAGAAAUAAAUGAGGGAAAUUCUGAGGUUUUUGAUAUUAAUGCAUAUGAACUGAAUCAGUGUUACAAGAGAAACUCACUGAUUCUAGCCAAAACCCUAUUCCCAACAACUGAAAUUACAAACUAAAUGGAAGAACACAGCAACAAGAAAAGGUCUCUCACUGGUGUUCGAGAGACCAGCACUCUCCUCACUUCUGCCUAACUUCUCUAAAACAUCCUUGAGUGCCAACAAAAAUAAUACAGCCAAAUAAAGCAAGCAAAAAGGUGACUUCAAUAUCGAGACUAAAUCUAAGCCACCCUACCAAAACAUCAUGGCAUAAUCCUUCUUUUCUAGACCCUCAGGAUAUUAAUCCUAACCCAAUGGGUAUUUCCUUUCUACACCCAACUGCCCCCUUGAUCUCCUCUUAUAAGUCUGACCAUAUCUCACAGUCACAUCAUUUCCCGCCUCUAAGAGUCUCACCUUGUCCUCAAGGGGAAAAUCUGGAAAUUGGAGAGAAAUGGUGUCAGCUGUCUCCCAUGAAUUCUCAAACUCGGGUAAAUCUCUCCAUUUCACUAAAACCUCCAGCUGGCCUGUCAUAAGUUUCCGAACCUUGCAUAUGUCUUGAGGCUGUACCUGUAGCUCCAAUUCUGCAGAAAGUGCUGGUGGUAUAGUAGGAGUGACAAUAGCUGAACAAACUGAUUUUUUGAGUUGAGAAAUGUGAAAGACUGGGUGAAUGCGAGCUGUGGAAGGAAGUUCCAGCUUGUAUGCGACCUGUCCAAUCUGCUCUAUGAUCUUGAAGGGGCCAUAGAAACGAGGGCUGAGUUUCUCAUUAAGUCUUUUAGCUAAAGAUUUCAGCUUGUAGGGUCUGAUUUUGACAUAGACUAAAUCUCCAAUGUCCAGCUGUAUCUCUCGCCUAUGUUUGUCAGCUUGCUUCUUUAUUCUUUCUUGCGCCACAGUGAGGUUUUCCUUUAAAAUGGCAAUAAUGGAAUUCCGGGACUGAAUCUGUUCAUUGACAGCUUCAAUGCCUGACGGUUCCCCAUUCAACUUAAAAAAAGUAGGAGGGUCCCGUCCGUACAUCGCCUUAAAGGGUGUCAUUCCAGCAGCCCCAUGAUGAGUUGUGUUGUAACAAUAUUCAGCCCAAGGUAACCAUUGCGCCCAUUGGGUUGGUUUCUCACUGGUGAAACAACGCAGGUAAGUUUCUAAGCUCCUGUUCAAGACUUCGGUUUGGCCAUCAGAUUCCGGGUGGUAAGCAGAGCUAAGACAAAGCUGAGUGCCUGCUUGCUUAAAUAAUUCCUUCCAAAACUGACUUACAAACACCCUAUCCCUAUCUGACACAAUUGUUUUUGGAAACCCAUGCAAUUUAACAAUGUCAUUAAUGAAUCUUUCAGCAACUUCUUUUGCUGUAAAUGGGUGGGUCAAAGCCAAGAAGUGGGCAUAUUUUGUCAACCUAUCAACAACAAGAAGUAUGACGUCAUGUCUUUUGGAUUUUGGAAGUCCUGUAAUGAAAUCCAUGCUAAUAUCUUCCCAAAUUUGUUGAGGAAUCGGCAAGGGUUGUAACAGCCUAGCUGGAGUUAAUGCUUGAUAUUUGUUCUUUUGGCACACGUCGCACUGUGACACAUAUUGUUGGAUGUCUUUUUUCAUGCCUUCCCAAUAUACAACAGUAGAAAGCCUCUUGUAAGUGCGCAAAUAACCUGAAUGGCCUCCGGUUGGUGAAUCAUGAAAUUCCUUCAUGAGCAAUUGAAUUCUGGUAGACUUCUUUGGUAGCAUCAAUCGUCCUUUAUAGUGUAGACAACCCUUCACAAGGCUGUAUCCCUCCAAAUUUCCUUUCUUGGUAAUGACUUUUUGCAGUAUAUCAUUUAACUUAGGAUCAGCAUGUACUUCUUUCUCCCAUUCUUCAAGGUCACCUUGCUGCCAUAAAGAAAAACCAUGUAUCUCCAGAUUUUCUUCUUUCCUUGAAAGUGCAUCCGCUGCACGAUUUUCCUUGCCCGGUUUGUAAGCUAUUUCAAACUUGAACCCCAUUAAUUUAGUGAUCCAGUGCUGUUGACUUUCUUCUAUAAUUCUCUGUUCCAGCAGAAACUUCAAAGCUUUCUGAUCUGUCCGGAUGAUAAAUUUCUCCCCCCAUAAGUAGUGUCGCCAUUUCUUGAACUCCAUAACAAUUGCCAUAAGUUCCCUCUCAUAAAUGGAACAUUGUUGAGCGCGGUUAGAGAGCUUUUGGCUGAAAUAUGCCACUGGACGGCCAUUCUGCAUCAGCACUGCUCCUAUUCCAGACCCGGAAGCGUCUGUUUCCAACUCAAACGGGAUGGAAAAAUCAGGCAUAGCUAGUACUGGGAGAGAAGUCAUGGCUGUCUUGAGACUUUGGAAGGCUUCUUCAGCUUUUGGGGUCCAUUUAAAGGCAUCUUUCUUAAGUAAAUCGGUGAGAGGACUAGCGAUUUUUCCAUAAUUCUUGACAAAUCUUCUAUAAUACCCUGUCAACCCUAGGAACCCUCUUAAGGAUUUCACAUUCUUGGGUUUAGGCCACUGCACCAUACUCUCAAUUUUGCUGGGAUCCGCUUGCACUCCCUCCUUGGAAAUGAUAUGCCCAAGAUAUUCAAUUUUUGGUUGGGCGAAAGUGCACUUCUUAAGGUUGAUCACUAGCUGGUUCUCUUUCAGGAUAGACAAAACAGCUUUCAAAUGUUUCAAGUGAGAUGAUAAAUCAUGGCUAUAAAUAAGUAUGUCAUCAAAAAAUACAAGCACAAAUUUCCGAAGAUGCUCUCGGAAUAUCUCAUUCAUUAAAGAUUGGAAUGUGGAAGGAGCAUUGGUUAAACCAAAGGGCAUUACCUUAAAUUCAUAAUGUCCCUCGUGGGUUCUAAAUGAUGUUUUAUGUUCAUCUCCAGCCAUGAUUCUGAUCUGAUGGUAUCCGGACUUUAAAUCCAGCUUGGUGAAAAUGGCGGCUCCUUUUAACUCAUCCAACAACUCAUUUAUAGCUGGUAUGGGAAACUUGUCAGGCACCGUGAUUUUGUUCAAGGCUCUAUAGUCCACACAGAAUCUCCAGCUUCCAUCUUUUUUCUUAACCAACAAAACUGGACUUGAAUAAGGACUUUGACUGGGCUGAAUGAUACCUGCUCUCAACAUAUCUUUCACCAUCUUCUCAAUUUCAUUUUUUUGAACAUGAGGGUACCGAUACGGCCGUAUGUUAGGAGGUUGUUCGCCUGGUUUGGUUGCUAUUGCAUGAUCAUGAGAACGAGUUGGUGGUAACCCUUUAAAAGGUCGACAAACUAUAGAGAAUUGGUCCAGGAGGUUCUGAAUUUCAGGCGCCAAUUGUAUAGUUUCAGCUGUUGUUUCUUCAUUAUUCAUCCCAUUAUAUUCGAUCAUGUACCCCUCCCCUCUCUUCUGUACGGAUCGAAUAAAUGACUUAAGGGAAACCAAGGCCUUGGUUAGAGCAGGAUCACCUUGUAAACACACCUUGUUUCCUUUCUUACCAAUCUUCAUGGUCAGUUGCCCCCAGUUAACCUUCACUUCUCCUAAAGAUUUUAACCAUUCCACUCCUAGUACAACAUCCACGCCACUGAGUGGAAAGGGGUAGAAAGUUUGAAUAAUGUCCAGGCCUUGUACCUGUAACUUGAGGUCAUUGCAGCGUUGCUUCCCUUUAAUACUAAACCCAUCCCCAACAGUGAUAGAAUAGACGGCAAUGUCCUCCACUGGAAUUUUUAUUUUGGUGACUAAUUCCUCAGCUAUGAAGUUGUGGGUAGCCCCACUAUCAAUCAAAAUCACAAUCUCAGCUUUCUCUAGUCUCCCACGUACCUUCAUAGUGUGAUUCCCUCCAAACCCAACUAUGGAGUUUAGUGAUAACUCCAUUCGAGUUUCAUCUUCUUCGGCUUCUUCACUAUCUUCAGUGCAUAUUGGUUCAUGGCCUUCGGUUCCCUUCUCGGGCUCUAGCUCCAGCAACAUCACUUGCAGAUUUUUAUUUUUGCAGAUGUGAUUAGAUCCAAAUUUAUCUGCACAUUUGAAACACAAACCAAGCUCUCGUCGACGAGUUAAUUCCACAUCUGACAGUCGCUGGGUUCGUCCCCCUGGACGCGACGACGUUGUUCCUGUCGUGUUGCUCGCUACUUUUGAGUCUGCCAUUUUUGUCUCAGCCCGUUUCUGGAGUCCCGAGUGUAUUGAAGAGGCGUGCAUGCUUUUACUGGGCUCAGCCACAUGAGUGAUCCGUGUGAAAGGAGUUUGGGCUGGUUCAUUUUUAAGCCCACUUUGAAAACGCUGGCCUCGCAGAAACUGUGAGUCUUUGGCCUUCUCUAUUACCUGAUUCCUCUCAUCCACCCUAAUAGACAUCUCCAUAAUUUCUCUAAGGGUACUGGCGGCCGUGAGCUUUAAUUCAGCCCUUAUCUCUGGUUUUAGUCCUACACGAAAUGCUCCAACCACACACGAUUCUGAUGCGUCUCCCACCAUAGCUGAUACGCGUUCGAACUCCUCCACAUACUCGCGCACAGAACGCUCCUAUUUGACUGCAAACAUCAUCUCAUAUUCAUCCCCAAGCUGUGAGGGAUGAAAUCGACGCAGAAGUUCUUGCUUGAACUCUGACCAUUCUCGAAUAGGUGCUCGAGUUUCCACCCAUUGAUACCAGUUAAGGGCCUUACCUUCGAGGCACACGAUGGCUGCUUCCAGUCUCUCCAUUUCAGCCACAACAUUGAUUCAAAAAUACCUUUCCACUUUGAAAAGCCACCCGAUAGGGUCUUCUCCAUCAAAUAUUGGUAACUCCAGCUUCCUGUACUUCCCUACUUCUUUUUCAUGAUCUCCGGUGCUUCCUGUAGUCUCUUCAUGGCUGGGUUGAUCUUGUUCAGGAGGUUGGUCUGCACUUUUCUAUUUCUCUGCUAUUUUCUCUAAUUUAUCUUGCAUCGUCUGCAUCAUCUCCUUCAUCAUGAUCAUUUCUUUCGAUAGUCCUCCAACAGAUUCUUUCAACUCUUGUACCUCGGGAUUGGAGUACUGCACUCUUUCGGCCAUCUCUCUUGCGCUUAUCCGAAGGUCCAAGGAUUGCACGGCUCUGAUGCCAAUUGUUAGAGCUCUGCUCUAAAGUAACUAAUAGAACCAAGCUUUCAAUGUAAAGAGAAAUAAAUGAGGGAAAUUCUGAGGUUUUUGAUAUUAAUGCAUAUGAACUGAAUCAGUGUUACAAGAGAAACUCACUGAUUCUAACCAAAACCCUAUUCCCAACAACUGAAAUUACAAACUAAAUGGAAGAACACAGCAACAAGAAAAGGUCUCUCACUGGUGUUCGAGAGACUAGCACUCUCCUCACUUCUGCCUAACUUCUCUAAAACAUCCUUGAGUGCCAACAAAAAUAAUACAGCCAAAUAAAGCAAGCAAAAAGGUGACUUCAAUAUCGAGACUAAAUCUAAGCCACCCUACCAAAACAUCAUGGCAUAAUCCUUUUUUUCUGGACCCUCAGGAUAUUAAUCCUAACCCAAUGGGUAUUUCCUUUCUACACCCAACUGCCCCCUUGAUCUCCUCUUAUAAGUCUGACCAUAUCUCACGGUCACAUCAAUUUUCUCGUAAGAUUUGUUUGGUUGCUUGCUUAUUGAAGAAUGUGAUCAAUGGAAAAUUUUCUACCUGAUAGGUGUUUGAUGACCAGAGUUACUAACCUAUCUAUUUUGAUCUGUAUGCGUGUCAUUCCUCCAGCUUCGCUGCAUGUGCAUGGUUGAACCCAAUUAGCAAAACCAGUCUUUGAAUUGCAAUUCCCAAAUCUCACCUAAGAUAGGAAUACUUGAUUAUUCUUUAUGCAACAAUUUGGUAUGAAUAAUGGGUAUUUUGGAAUAUAGGACUGACAAAUUUAAUGAUAUUCUAACAAUUUGCAUGCACAUGUAAGCAUGACUUAAAGAUUCGACGAUGGAUUAUAGUGUGGUUUUGUACUGGCAUUUGAAUUUUGUCUAUCUUCGGCGACUAAUAGCUUACUAAAAAUUGAAUUGCAUUAUCAAGGUGCAUGUAAUGGAGAUUUUUGAAAUUUAUGCUCUGAAAGGCGGUAGGCAUCAUAUUCAGCAAAAUGGUGUACAUAUUUUAGAAGAGAAUGGAAUGCUGAGUAGGCAUGCAAUUGUUAGUUGUUACAGAAGUUUUUCGCCGUGAUGAUUCUCAUGUCAGGCCUCUGUAUAUUAUUUUGCUUAGUGAUUCUUUACUAUAUAGUUCAUGAAGGGAAUAGGAAUUUGUAUCAAAUUGGUUAUCGCUGCUGAGUUCAUUAUAAGCUCGUGAGGAUUCUCUGCUGAGUUCUACGAAAUUUACCUCUGUUUCUGUGGAUAGAUUACUGAACUUUGCUCUGGUCCUCGUCGUUUCUCUUUGAGAUAACACUCAUCUCCCUUUCGAGUUA